AUGUUGCGCUCAUCGAUGCGCCUCGGCACGGCGCGAGUGCCUGCCGCUCGUCAGCCUCUCAGUACUCGUACACUGAAAGCCACCACGAUCCUUCCACGUCACACUUGGGCAAGAGCCGCCUCAACAGUAACCAACUUGGAGAACUUCCCCAAGGUUGGUGAGAAGCUCCAUGGCUUUACCAUCCAAGAGAAGAAGCAUGUGCCGGAGCUUCAUCUAACUGCGGUCUGGUUGAAGCACGACAAGACCAAUGCGGACUACAUGCAUGUGGCACGAGACGACAAAAACAAUGUAUUUGGAAUUGGAUUCAAGACAAACCCACCGGAUGCUACUGGUGUACCUCACAUUUUGGAGCACACCACACUUUGUGGAAGUGAAAAAUUCCCGAUUCGAGACCCCUUCUUUAAGAUGCUUCCUCGUUCGCUGUCCAACUUCAUGAAUGCCUUUACAGCCUCCGAUCACACCACCUACCCCUUUGCUACAACCAACCAGCAGGACUUCCAGAAUCUUCUGUCUGUCUACCUCGAUGCGACAUUACACCCUCUUCUUAAAGAAUCAGACUUCCGCCAAGAAGGAUGGCGCCUGGGUCCUGAGGAUCCCCGCGCCGCGGAGGCUGAGAAGAAGGCUCAACUGGAAGACAUUGUUUUCAAGGGUGUUGUGUACAACGAGAUGAAGGGCCAAAUCUCAGACGCAAACUACCUUUACUACAUUCGGUUCAAGGAGAGUAUCGUUCCUUCGCUGAACAACUCUGGUGGAGACCCCGAAUACAUCACAGAUCUCACCCAUAAACAGUUGACCGAUUUCUCGAAGCGUAACUACCAUCCCAGCAACUCCAAAAUUCUCACGUAUGGUGAUAUGCCACUUGCGGAUCACCUGAAACAGGUUGGCGCUGUGCUGGAUGGCUUCGAGAAAGGCCAGGCCGAUACUGAUGUCAAGAAGCCCUUGGAUCUCAGCCAAGGCCCGAGAAGUGUCACUGUUUCCGGACCUAUUGAUACAUUCGCCGCCGAAGACAAGCAACACAAAACCUCUACUUCUUGGUACAUGGGUGAUACUACUGAUAUUGUGGAAACAUUUUCCGUUGGCAUUGUUUCCUCGCUUCUGCUUGAUGGUUAUGGCUCGCCUAUGUAUCGGGCUCUUAUUGAGAGCGGUCUUGGCUCUUCAUUCACACCAAACACUGGUCUUGACCCGUCAGGCAGAACCCCCAUAUUCUCGGUUGGUCUCAACGGCGUGAGUGAAGCGGAAGCCCCGACGGUCAAGGACGUUGUCCAGAAGGUCUUCCAGGAGACUGUUUCGGCUGGCUUCAGUGAUGAGAAGGUCCGUGGAUUCCUCCAUCAAUUAGAGCUUUCUCUGCGCCACAAGACCGCCAACUUUGGAAUUGGCGUCAUGGAGAAGACUAUCUCAUCGUGGCUCAACGGCUCGAACCCAAUGAAAGAGCUUGCGUGGAACGACGUUAUUGAGGAGUUCAAGGCCAGAUACGCGCAACCUGGUUACCUCGAAUCUUUAGUGCAAAAGUAUCUCAUCAACGACCAAUGCAUGACCUUCACUAUGGUUGGCACACCCACCUUUAACAAGGAGUUGGACGACAAGGAAGUUGUCCGAAAGGACAAGAAGCUUGCGCAGCUCAUUGAGCAGCAUGGAUCUGUUGAAAAAGCCGUGGCUCACCUUGGAGCAGAGGAGUUGGAACUCCUUAAAAUCCAGGAAGAUGCUCACAAUGCCGAUUUGAGCUGUCUCCCGUCUGUGAGAGUGAAGGAUAUCUCGCGCGAGAAGGAACGCAAGCCUCUCCGUGAGUCAAAGAUCGAUAGUGCCGACGUUGUCUGGCGUGAGGCCCCCACGAAUGGCCUGACCUACUUCCAAGCCUUGAACGAUUUCGUCGAUCUCCCCGACGAUCUUCGCCUGCUUAUGCCUCUCUUUAACGACUGUGUCAUGCGUUUGGGAACUGCCAACCGGUCUAUGGAGCAAUGGGAGGACUUGAUCAAGCUCAAGACUGGCGGUAUUUCGACUUCAUCCUUCCUUGUCUCUUCGCCAAACCACCUGGAUCAAUUUAAGGAGGGUAUGCAAUUCUCUGGCUUCGCUCUUGAUCAGAAUAUUCCCGAGAUGCUGGAAAUGCUCUCUGUGCUGGUCACUGAGACUGACUUCACGAGCCCUGCUGCACCCGCCAUGAUCCAGGAGCUGUUGCGAAUGACCACCAACGGAGCCCUGGAUUCUAUUGCCGGAACUGGCCACCGUUUCGCAGUCAAUGCGGCGGCAGCCAGCCUCUCACCUACCUUCUGGAUCCAGGAGCAACAAUCUGGUCUGGAGCAGUUGCAAGCCACUGCCAAUCUCCUUCGCGAUGCUGAGUCCUCUCCCGAGCGUCUACAGGAGUUGAUUGAAAAGCUUUGCCUGAUCCAGUCCUUCGCCAUCUCUUCUUCCAACCUUCGUGUUCGUAUGGUUUGCGAAAAGGAAAGCGCCAGCAGCAAUGAGUCUAUCUUGCAGAGGUGGAUCUCUGGACUUCCCCAGUCCCGCUCUCCGGCCUCCACCCCGGGAAGCUCGACCUUCCGUCCAGUAAACAAAGCCUUCUAUGACAUGCCAUACAAGGUAUACUACUCCGGCCAAACUAGCCAAACUGUGCCGUUCGUCGACCCCUCCAGUGCUCCUCUCAGCGUCAUGUCACAGCUUCUCACCCACAACUACCUCCAUCCCGAGAUCCGCGAGAAGGGAGGUGCUUAUGGUGCCGGUGCUAGCAAUGGUCCCUUGAAGGGUCUCUUCACCUUCAUGAGUUACCGUGACCCGAACCCUCUGAACACUCUGAAGGUGUUUAAGAACAGCGGUAUCUUUGCCAGAGACCGUGCUUGGUCCGAGCGUGAGAUUGAAGAGGCCAAGCUUGGUAUAUUCCAAGGCCUUGAUGCCCCCGUCAGUGUCGAUGAUGAAGGUAGCCGCUACUUCAUGAGUGGUGUCACCCACGAAAUGGACCAGCGCUGGAGAGAACAGGUCUUGGAUGUCACUGCCAAGGAUGUCAACGAGGCGGCUGAUAAGUUCCUGGUGAACGGAUCUCGUCAAACGACUUGCAUUCUUGGUGAGAAGAAGGACUGGGCUGACGCCGAAUGGGAUGUUCGCAAGCUUUCCAUGGAUGGACAGAACGGUGCCGCUACCUCUGCAUAA